AUGAUCGGAUUGGCCCUAAUUGCGCUGCUGCUAAACGCAACCAGGAAAAUACCCCUCUACUGCCUUCGUCCAGUCGUUGACAAGUUCCACACUUCUCGGAGAUCAGUCACGCCCAUAGAAGAAAACCAAACAGUUAUCCCGAGUGAAACCAGCCAUGUGAAGAAAACCCGGAUUGCUUACAUUAAAGUACACAAAACAGCCAGCACUACAAUCGCCGCCUUAAUCCAGCGUUAUGGCUUGAACCAUCGUCUGACGUUUGCCCUGCCUCUGCCGAAAAGCCUGUAUCACAUCGGGUUUUAUCAAACGUUUGAUCCUGUGAAUGUGAGGCCACUGCCGAAGGGAAAGGUUUACGAAGCUCUCUGCCAACAUGUUGUCUACAAUAGAACGGCUUUCCGGAAAUACAUGCCUAAAGACAUGAGAAUCAUUGCCUCUGUACGCGAACCAUUUGAUAGGUCUGUGUCUGCCUUUAAUUAUUUCAAGGCAUACAGUAAAUCCGUUAUUUCCAAAGCAAAUAUAUCCGGCAACGCAGUCACUUUGAUAAGAGAAUUUUUCAAGAAACCUAACUAUUACGAACCAUCGAUUUAUACACGAGGGUCUUUGGUAAUGAAUCGUAUGGCUUUUGACCUGGGAAUUCCGAGAGCGCAAUACUUCAACGCUACAUACGUGGACGAGUAUAUUAGACAGUUGGACGAGGAUAUGGCUUUUGUUCUCAUAGCUGAGUACAUCGAUCAGUCUUUAGUACUUUUGAAGCGAAUAAUGGGCUGGUCGACUGAAGACAUUUUGUACACCAUUCGUCAUAAAGGGAAAACCAAACCCCAAUUUCCAAAUGAUCUCAGAAUUGCUCAUAAAAAGCUGGCUCCAGCAGAAUACCAAAUAUACGAUUAUUUCCUCACGAAGUUUAACAUAAGUUAUUCAAAAGAGGUAGAAAUUGAACAGGAAGUGCGCGUGUUCAAAGACACACUUCAUCGAGUUCAUACAUUUUGUUCAUCGAAAAAACAAGUGCUAAUGGUACCUCCCACAAAGUUUGAUAAAGGAUUCAAUUUUACAAGAACUGAUUGUUAUUUCAUAAACCUGGAAGAAACGGCCUUUGUGGCGUUUUUGAGUAAAUUGCAAAGACCAUAG